CAUGGGAAGUGUGACUGUGGGAAGUGCAAAUGUGAUGAAGGCUGGUAUGGUGAAGCUUGUCAGUAUCCGACUACUUGCAAUCUUACACGGAAAAAAAGCAAUGAAAUGUGCAAGAAUUCUCAAGAUAUCAUCUGUUCUGGUGCAGGCACAUGUCAGUGUGGCAGGUGUAAAUGUGCAAACUCAGAAGGAAAUGGACUGGUCUAUGGUAAAUUUUGUGAAUGUGAUGACAGAGAAUGCAUAGAUGAUGAGACAGAAGAGAUUUGUACAGGCCAUGGAAAGUGUUACUGUGGAAACUGUUACUGUGAGGCUGGUUGGCAUGGAGAUAAAUGUGAAUUCCAGUGUGACAUCACCCCCUGGGAGAUCAAGAAAAGAUGCACAUCUCCAGAUGGCAAAAUCUGCAGCAACAGAGGCACAUGUGUAUGUGGGGAAUGCACAUGCCAUGAUGUGGACCCAACUGGUGACUGGGGAGAUAUUCAUGGAGAUACUUGUGAGUGUGAUGAAAGAAACUGCAAAGCAGUGUAUGAUAGAUAUUCUGAUGACUUCUGUUCAGGUCAUGGACAGUGUAAUUGUGGAAGGUGUGACUGUAAAGAAGGAUGGACUGGGAAGAAGUGUGAACAUCCACUUUCUUGUCCAUUGUCAGUUGAGGAAAGUGCUAAGAAAUGCCAAGGAAAUUCUAAUUUACCUUGCUCUGGAAGAG